CCCGGUCGGAUCGGUGCGGCGCCGAGAGAUUUGAAUUCUUUCUCCCCUUCUCCUUCUUCCUUCCUCCCCACCACCUUUAGCUUCUCCCCCAGAAUCGACCCCAAGGGAUCUCUUCAAAAUGAUCGCCGCACGGAACUUCUCUGCUGCUCGUCAGUGCCUGCGCCCGUCUCGCGUGACCCCCCGAUUUGCUGCUCCCAUUGCGCAGAUCCGCUUUUACGCCAGCCCUGCGCAGGAGGCUGUUGCCAAGUUCAAGGGUCAGAAGGGUCCCGAUGGCAAGUACACUGUUACUCUGAUCGAGGGUGAUGGUAUUGGUCCCGAGAUCGCUCAGUCCAUCAAGGACAUCUUCGAGGCCGCCAAGGCCCCCGUCAAGUGGGAAUCCGUCGAUGUCACCCCCAUCCUGAAGGACGGCAAGACCGCCAUCCCCGAUGAUGCCAUCGCCAGUGUGCGCCGCAACUACGUCGCGCUCAAGGGUCCCCUGGCCACCCCCGUUGGCAAGGGUCACGUCUCCCUGAACCUGACUCUCCGCCGUACUUUCAACCUGUUCGCCAACCUGCGUCCCUGCAAGUCCAUUGCUGGCUACAAGACCCCCUACGACAACGUCGACACAGUCCUCAUCCGUGAGAACACCGAGGGUGAAUACUCCGGUAUCGAGCACGUCGUUGUUGACGGUGUCGUUCAGAGCAUCAAGCUCAUCACCAAGGAGGCUUCCGAGCGUGUCCUGCGUUUCGCCUUCCAGCCACCAUCAUGA